GAGGAAGCCCAGAAGCAGCAGCUCAAGACUGGUGUUUCCUGUGCUCAAGAGGCUCGGAGCAGCCCACAGCUAUGGGACAAGGCCUGGGUAUCAAGAGCUGUGACUUGCAGGUGGCAAAAAACAAUGAGGAGCACCACACCCAGGCCAUCAGCUCCCAGCGCCUCAUUGUACGAAGAGGACAGUCAUUCAGCAUCACCCUGCACUUCAAGUCCCCCAUCCGGAAAUUUCUGUCUGACCUCAAGAAGGUAGCCCUUGUUGCACAGACUGGAGAGCAGCCUUCCACGACCAGCAGGACCCGAGCCACCUUCCCAAUUUCCAGUCUGGGGGAUCCAAAGUGGUGGAGGGCAGAGGUGAAGGACAGAGAAGCCAGCGUCUGGACCAUCUCUGUGACCACGCCCGUGGAUGCUGUCAUUGGUCACUACUCACUCCUGCUCCAGGUCUCAGGCCAGAAGCAGUAUUUCUUGGGCCAGUUCACACUGCUCUUUAACCCCUGGAACAGAGAGGAUGCUGUGUUUCUGCAAAAUGAGGCUCAGUGCCAGGAGUACGUGUUGGACCAGAAUGGCCUUAUCUUCCUGGGCACAGCUGACUGGAUCCAGGAAGAGCCCUGGGACUUUGGUCAGUUUGAAAGUGAUGUCAUGGACCUCAGCCUGGAUUUGCUGGGUGCAGACAAGCAAGUGGAGGAGUGGAGCCAGCCUACACAUGUGGCCCGUGUGCUGGGGGCCUUGUUGCACACUCUCAAGGAGAAGAAGGUCCUGACCACCCCACAGAGCCAGGCCACCCAGGAACAGGCUCUGCUGAACAAGCGCCGGGGCAGCGCGCCCAUCCUGCGGCAGUGGCUCACUGGCCAAGGGCGACCUGUAUAUGAGGGCCAGGCCUGGGUGCUGGCUGCUGUUGCUUGCACAGUGCUAAGAAGCCUGGGAAUUCCAGCCCGUGUGGUCACCACAUUUGACUCAGCUCAGGGCACCGGUGGGAGCCUGCUGGUGGAUGAGUACUACAAUGAGGAAGGCCUGCAGCACGGAGAAGGCCAGAGAGGCCGCAUCUGGAUCUUCCAAACUUCCACAGAGUGCUGGAUGACCAGGCCUGAUUUGUGCAAGGGUUAUGACGGAUGGCAGAUUCUGUACCCAAAGGAUCUGAGAGGAGGUGGAGUCCUGGGAGCCUGUGAGUUGGUCCCAGUCAGAGCAGUCAAGGAGGGAGCACUGGAGGUGAUGCCUGCAGUGUCAGAUCUCUUUGCUUCAGUAAAUGCCUCAUGUGUGGUCUGGAAGUGCUGCAAGGAUGGGAAACUGGAGUUGACCAGCUUCAACACCAAGUACGUUGGGAACAACAUCAGCACCAAGGUUGUGGGCAGCGACCGCUGUGAGGACAUCACUCAGAACUACAAGUACCCUGCAGGAUCUCUUCAAGAGAAAGAGGUGCUAGACAGAGUUCAGAAAAUGAGAAUAAAGCACAAGAAACACAGCAGCACCCACCCCCCAAGCUGCGACCAGGAUGAUCCACUAUACUUGUUCUUGGAAGUGCCCAGCUUCCUCCCACUGGGAGAGGAUGCCCAGUUCUCAGUGACCCUGAAUAACCCUGGUGACCAGGAGAAGGAGGUGCAGCUAGUGAUUAGAGCCCAGGCAGUAUACUACAAUGGAGUCCUAGCCACUGACCUCUGGAGGAAGAAAACGUCCCUCACGCUCGGCGCCAACCAUGUUCAAAAUAUAACCACCAGACUGUCCUCUUCCUAUUUUGAGCAAAACCUACCUGCGAACAGCUGCCUCAGAUUCACCGCGGUGGCCACGCACUCUGCCUCCAGCAUGAGCUGCUUUGCUCAGGAGGACAUUGCCAUCAGGAGACCAGACCUUGUCAUCAUGAUGCCAGAAGUAGCAGAGCAGUAUCAACCUCUCAGGGUUGAGGUCAGCAUCCAUAACUCCCUGGACUCUCCCAUGAAUGACUGCGAGGUCUCCAUCUUUGGAAGGGGGCUCAUUCACAGAGAGAAGAGGUACAGAUUAAGUCCAGUGCAGCCUGGAAGAACCUUGUGCACCUGGUUCCAGUUCACACCCACGCAGCUGGGGCUUCACAGGCUCACUGUAGAAAUGGACUGCGACAUGUUCCAUAACCUAGUCAGCCACAAAAGUGUCACAGUGGUAUCUCCUGACUUUGCAGCUUAA